CUCGGUACCACCGCAGCAUGUCCGCCUCGUCGCCCGAACAUGUCCCACCUGAAUCAGCAGCCACCGCCGCUGCGGCGGCCCCCCCCACACACGAGCCGCUGGCUUGUGUGAGCUGCCGGUCCCGCAAGCUCAAGUGCGACCGCCAGAAACCCGUGUGUACCAGGUGUGCCAAGGCAGGUGGCGAAUGCGUCUAUCCGGAGUCGCGGCGGAAGCCGGCGUUUAAGCGCAGGAAUGUCAGGGAGCUCGAGGAAAGGCUAGCUCAAGUGGAAGGCCUGCUCAAGAAUGUCGGCAAACGUCGAGCGAGCCACCCCGGCUGGUUCGACGGCGGGGCGACAGAGGGUUUGUCUCCCGGUGCGCCUGGCGGGGAGCCCUCUGGGCCUGACGGGCUCCAAGGCAGCCCUCGGGAAGGGCCGAUGUCUUGGUUCCCGCUGUCCCCGACCGAGAGUCCCGCAGGCGGCGACCAUGCCCAGUUCGGCGAACUGCUGAGGCUUGGCCAAUUCGAGAGUCUGCCCCCUUUCGAGAUGAUCGAAGAACUCCACGCGAAGUUCUUCACCAUGCAACCGCACUUUCUGCCCAUCAUACACCAGGCCAACUACUUACGAGCCUUUCACUCUCCGCCGCACAUGCGCCCGCCUAUGGGGCUUCAGUAUGCCAUCUGGACGGCCGCUGCAAACGGAGACCCCAAGUACGGAUGCUACCACGAUGCCCUGUACCGGCGUGCUCGUCGGUACCUGGAAGCCGACGAGCUGAAGGGACAAGGCGAGCAUUUCAUCACGGUUGGACAUGCCCAAGCCUGGAUCCUUAUCGCAAUGGACGAGGCCCGGAGCCUGUUGUUCACCAGGGCCUCUAUGAGCUGCGCCAAAUCCGUCCGGCUGACAGGCAUGAUGGGGAUUCAACGGCUCGAUAGUCCGCUCAGCGAAGAGGAGGUUCCUAUGGCUCCCAUGAUCGCUCCGGCUCGCAGCUGGGCUGAAGCCGAGGAGCGUCGACGGCUGUUCUGGGCAGGGGUCUGUGUUGACAGCUACGCAAGCAUCAGCACCGGGUGGCCGACCCUAGUCACCACCCACCUGCCCGCGUCCGAUGAGGCGUUCUUUAGCGGCGUCGAGGAGAAGGCCUCCACACUCCAAGACGCGCUUCGAGGCGCUAGCUACUCACCAUUCGCUGGAAACGUCAUCAUCUGCCAUAUUUUUCAACGUCUGAUGCAACACGCUCAACGUCCCAUGCCCAACGACCAUCCGGAGGACCUAGAAUUCGGCGCCUUCUGGAGCCGCCAUAGAGAGCUCGACAAUAUCCUGUCCAGCGCGUUCAUGUUUCUCCCCGAGCGCUUCCGUCUCCCGGGAAACAAGGGCAAUCCGGUCGCCGCACAGAUUAAUCUGAACCUGCACGCCGCCGUCAUCUGCCUCCACCUUGCCGCCCGUGACAAGGCUGACAAGUUCAAGCUGGGGAGCAUAGGUCAGGCGAGCCGGACCAGGACGUUGACCGCCGCGCGGGAGAUCGUCGAUAUCAUCAAGUUGACCAAGGCUGCAACUGCUCCCCCGUAUCGGGGUCCUCUGAUGGCGCUUUCGCUGUUUCUUGCGGCCUCAGUCUUCAUCUCGCAGGCUAAAGAAGAUCCUGACUCGUUCGACAAGGCAAAUCUCGAAUUCCUCAUCGACAACAUGAACGCCAUCAGGCGCGAGCACUUCAUUACCAAGGCUUAUCUCAAUCAGCUCGCGCGCGACAUCGAGCUCAGCGGCAUCUCUGUCUCGAUAGGUUCCGCGGAAGGUCCCGCCACCAAGCGCAUGCGGACCUCGGACCGACUGAGUUCGGGCGUGCCUACCGGCCAGGGUACUCACGCCAGCGCGGCCGGUCCUUCGGCGUGGUCAGCGGGCCGCGAGGGUCGGCCCUCGGUGGUCGCCCUCACGCCGAAGGACGUAUUCGGGUACUCCGCCACUCACACCACCAGCACCAGCACCAGCACCACCAGCAGCACCAGCUGGUCAUAUGCGACCAAGCACCGCAUAAGCACCACUCUGCCCCAUCGAACCGGCUCCCCGGCCAUGAACAACAGCCAGGCGAUGUCGUCGGCACCACCACCACCAGCAGCCGGCGCCGUCCCCACCUUCGCCUCCUUUCCCAUGCCCGGCGCAGCAGCCGCCGCACCGCCCCCCCCGUAUCCCCCGAUGCCAGGCGCCGCGCCGUUUGGAACCAGCAAUCUGGACACCACCACCACCGCCACCACCACCACCACUACCACCACUGCCAGCACCGCCACUGCCAGCAGCAGCAGCGACCCGACCAGCCUCAACCCAGCUGACCUCGGCAGCCUCGACGGAGCCGUGUUCGACAGCCUCGUCGGAGACUGGGGCUUGACCGACCCGGAGUCGGUGUACGCCAUGCUGCUGGACGUGUCCGGCGACACCUUCGGCGCGGCGCAAGACCACGUCGGCGGCGGAGGCGGCGGCGACGGCCUGGACGUGUGGGCCGCGGCGCUGAGCAGUGCUGGUUCUCUCCCCGGCGGUGGCGGGGGGAGCAAUAGUGGGGGCGGGGGUGGUAGCACCUCUGCGGGAGGAGGAGGAGGAAGGGGAGCUGGGGCAGGCGAAGGGCGAAGGGGCGGUUGGGACGGGUCUGGGUUAUGAUAUAUCAUACCCCCUCCCCCCACCUUUUCUUACGUUUAACUUCUCUUCGGGGAUAUACCGAUGCGGUGGUAGGCAGCGGGUUGUCAUGUACAAUACGGACGUCUCUCCCCCUCAUUUGUACUAUAUCAUGAUUUGGGAUGGGGUGCUUUCACUGUAAAACAGUGGCGGAGUCGUGGGAUGGGGAUAUACCGGCACGGCGUUCACUGCAUGGGGGCUUGGGGAUGGAUACAGGGCCGAGUUCGACCGGUUUGGGGUUGAAGAAAAAGGGGCUUUGUACUGGUUGGCUGUAUUUGUACUAGACCUCCCAUCGCUGCUCAGCAAGACGACUAGAUUCCCCCAUCUAAAAAUAUAAUGUUUAAGGC